AUGGAACGCAGUUCUCCAAGAGUUCUUGCGGAUCAGCUUCGCCGAUUUAUACAGAGCUCUGAUGGGGUUCCAGCAGCUAAUGGAAUCUCCCUUUCUGAUGCUGGAUUUGUUCUUCUCUCAUUAAAGGAUCAGAUUCUAGCAGAUUCAAUUAAAGCUCAACAUUUCUCACACGAAUUCGUAUCGAAGCCCAUCAAUGGUAUUGAAUUACUCAGCAAAGUAGUUAUGGUUCUACAAGGAAUUGUUAAUAGUGUUGAGGGAUCUGCUUCAAAAAUUUCAUACCUUCUUAAUCGGAAUUCAACGAACGCCAAUCGAAAACGAAAAGCAGCAGUGGCUGAAGCUGAUUGUAUCGAAAGCAUCAAAUUACUCUUGGAGAAAACUGAAAGCGCCUGGAAGCCAUUUUUGGAAACGUCUACUGGAUUGGAUGCAAUCAUGUAUUCAAUUCAUAGUCCUCAAUUGGAUUCAAAAUGUUAUUCUUUUGAGAUAUUACUGCUACUUCUCGAUCAACCUCAGGGAUUUGUUAUAAUGAUGCGUGCCUUAACCGUUCUCACUGCAAGAAAUCGCGAUUUUCUUCGAUUUUCAAUAUUUGUUGCACAACUUAAACAUGGCUUGCACACGAAAAAGCUUCAUAUCCAAAUAUUAGUUGCUCGACUGUUCAACAAAUUGAUUGCUAGUGCUCCAAGUCCUGUUCAUCGAGCACUAGUCAAAGCUGAAAUUGGUCUGGCGCAGUAUAGUCCGGAAUACGUGGAAAAGCUCAUUGGCUAUCCGAACACAAAUUUUGGUGGAAUCGAGACAUUGAUGGAUGAGCUCAACGCGUUUAGAUCAUUGAAUCAGUAUGUUCCGUCAAAUAUUGAAGUGAACCAUAUUUAUGGAACAUCGGAAGUGGACGGAGAUAGCAUUUCAGAAAGGAGCCGCAGAAUUAAACCAGGAAUAACGUCUGUAGCCAAGAAUGUGGAAAGACAGCGUUUCCGAAAGCAAGGAGCUGGAUCUGGUGGACGAGCAUCAGGAAGCAAUUAUUAUUUUGAAGGCAAUGGUCCAAGAGUGACAUAUGAUAGACGAUCGCAGACAUUAUCGCAUGGCGGAUAUGGAGAUUCGUCAUCACCAGUUCCUGCACCGCGAAUGGGGUACGCUACCGAACGGCGUGAGCCGUUUGGAGCAAUGCGACGAGCCAAAUCGGAAAGUGCGAUGGUAGUACGAGACCGUGACGAUUUUGACGAGCGCUCGCCUGAUAUCGCUCCGAGAGGAUUGAAGAGGUUCACGAAUAUGUCGCAGAAAGAGCAGGUUCAUUAUCAUCCCAUACAUCAAACCUCAAAAUCAUUAUCAAGAAGUGUACACGAUCUUGCAAUAAGAGAUGAGGAACCAGGUACUUUAUUACGGCCAGUGUCAGCGCGGCCACCUUCGGCUGCUGGUAGAACGCCAAUUCGAACAAUGUCACCACAUCCCGUGUCGCCGAUUAUUAAACAAGAAACAGAUGAUAGGAGCUAUUCAAGGAAUAGUAGACGGCUAUCCAGUGCGCUUUCGCCGAGGGCUAGAUUCGCAGAUCCUCCAAUAGUUGAAGCACAACAGCCGCAUGCUGGAUUCUCGUACCUUUUCCCGCAACAGCCAGUCGUCACCUCAGUAUUGAAUAAAAGAGCGUUGUCACCAGAACCGAGAGAAAAUGCGCUGAAUCGGCCAUUAUCCGCUCCAUUAUACGCUUCAACAACCUAUGACAAUUCAAGUCGCCCGCUGUCGCCAUUAGAUGUUCAAAAUACGACAGAGUUUGAAAAACCAGUAGCCUACAGCGACGAGAAUGGCCAAGUCGUCUAUGUCCCAAUAAAUAUUGAAAAUCAAGGAAGAAGGAUGAGCAAGAAUUCAAGAUAUGAUUAUAACACCUCCGAUAACAGAACCAAUAGCCAAUCAAAAUUAAGAAGUCCUAGUGUAAACGGAGAGGAUGUUCGUGAUGCUCUGAGCCAAUUUGAUUAUUUAUAUGACUAUGAAGCUGGAUCGAGUCCCCAUAAUCGUGGUAGAGAAGCUACUUAUCAUUUAUAA